UGCUGUGAAGAGACGGGAAACCAGUUGGAUAAGAAACAUGGCAGCUUAAAGCGACAUUAACGCUAAAACCUUGUAUAUUUUUAUGUUGGUAAUUCAGAAGUGUUGUUUAAUUUAGUUAAUAGAUGCUGUACGAAGUGUUUAUAAAAGUAGUUUUGGCUGCAGGAAAGCAGAAAAGGUGGAAAUGGAGCUAAGCUAAGCUAACUAGCUAGCAACUGACAACCUGUUGUGUAUCUGUUUACACAGAAUUCAAUCUGGAAUGUUUAGAAUCACUAACCGAAUCCAAUAAUCCGAUGAUUCACUUGUCAUGUGAACUCUGGCUUCUUCUGCACCUCACUUGGCUAUGAGAGUUCCUGAUGUGUGACUCAGACCGAGAGCUGGUUGAAGAUGUACUGUCCUUGAGAAAUCAGUUGAGAAGAACCGAGAGGAGCCUCCAGGCUCUGGGAGAACAGUUAAGCCAGUCAGAAAAUGACAGCAUUGAUAGCAUCGCUGAGCACAAAAAUGGGAGCGGAUCAGACCGGUUCCCAGGUCACAUCACCGUCGAUGAUCUUCACAAGCCCAGUGCUGUGAAGGCAUCAUGUCCAGGAAGAGUGGCGAGAUACAGCACUCCAAAGGCAGCAGAGCAGAAAACCUGUGCAAGAGCGCAUAGCUCUGACUGUAGACUCCGAUCAGACGGAGACAUGGAGAACGAAGUGGCUCAGCUCAGGAGGAAGCUCGGCUCUGUGAGGGAGGAGAACUCGUCUCUGGUGCUGGAGAACAGGCAGCUGAUCCGCGAUCUGGAGGCCGCACAGCUUGAGAUCACCAGCUCCAAGUCUAAGCUCCGAUCAGACGGAGACAUGGAGAACGAAGUGGCUCAGCUCAGGAGGAAGCUCAGCUCUGUGACGGAGGAGAACUCGUCUCUGGUGCUGGAGAACAGGCAGCUGAUCGGCGAUCUGGAGGCCGCACAGCUUGAGAUCACCAGCUCCAAGUCUAAGUUGCGUGUUCUAGGUUGCACCGUCGGCGCAAAGACCUCCAGUGUGUCCAUCAUGACGGAGCAAAUCCUGGACUUGGAGGCACAGCUGGAAGCUCAAGCCACAGCUUUACGAGAAGCGGACCUGAAGCGGGCAGCGAGCGAACAGACUGCGCUGCAGUGUAACAGAGUGAUGGAGAAACUCAGACAAGAGCUCAACACGGUGAAAUCGGACCUGUGUGAUAAAUCUCAGCAGUGGAAGCGGACGGAGCAGCAGAGGAACCAGGCUCUGAGAAAUGCAGAGAAACUCUCUGUGGCUUUCAAAAACUACAAACACAACGUUGCUGAAAAAUUAAAGAAGGUGAUGGAAAACAAAGGCAAGCUGAAGGCGAGUUUAAUCGAGUGUGACUGUGAAAGAGAAGAGCUGGAGAAAAGAUGUACAGCGCUGGAGAGAGAGAAGGAGAGAACGAGUCACAGUCUGAGCAUGGAGCUGAAGGAGGUGCGAGUCCAUUCCGAGGCGCUCUCUGCCGAGCGUCAGGAGCUGCAGGGCCGAGUCCAGGAGGCGUCGGAGCAGCUGGGUCGACUGCAGAGGGAGAUGGAGCAGAAGGAGACGCUGCUGAAGGAGGCGGAAGGACUCAGGAGGGAGAGGGAGGACCUGCGACUCCUCACAGCCUGUCAGGAACAGAGGCUGACUCAGACUCACAGGGACAUGGAGCAGGCCAGAGCAGAGCUGGCCAGUCUGGAGAAUGUUCUCGACUUGUUGCAUCUCAGAGAGAAUCGAGAUGGAGCGUUGUGUGCGAAUCCGUGUCUUUUACCCUCGCUGACUUUGACUGCAGUCACAGAGAAUCUCCAGCACAAAUCAGUGGGUGAGCGAUAUCAGAAGCUGCUGGCGGCACUACAGAGCGUGGAGAAGGAGAAGGCGAGGCAGGCGAGCGCUGCACAGAGCCUGCAGGAGAGACUGACCCGGGCGCAGGAGGAGAUCUCAUCCCUCCAGACCUCCAUCACACAGAGAGCUUCUCACUACCAACAGCUUCACAACCAGCUGCUGGAUAAAGCUGCUCAGGCCACCACGCUGGAGAAGGAGCUGAAGAAGAAGAGCUUGCGUCUGGUCGUGGUGGAGAAACAGCUGCAGGAGAAAAGUGCUGCUUAUUCACAGGCUGCUAUUAAAAACAGCCAGCUGGAGCAGAAGAUAAUGGUAACGCACACGUGCACGUUGGAAAAGGAGAGCAGCAUCCACCACUAUCAGUCGCUCCUAAAGAAGAGACAGAGGGAAUAUCAGCAGGCCAUGGAGACGUCCAAGAUGGCCGAAACACACAGAUGCAGGGAACUGGAGGACAGUGUGGGGGUGUUGCAGUUAUCUCUGGCUCGGAGCCAGGCCGAAGUAGCAGAGUUAAAGCAGGCCGUGUCCGAUCUCCAGUCAGAGAAACAGGAAGUAGAACAUCAGGCUGGUUUGCUGCAGGCGUCUGUGGAUCAGCUUACACAGGAAAUGGAGAUGAAGGACAAACGUAGUGAAGAAGCAGCACGUGCUUUUGAAGAGCAAGCCUUCGAGUCGGUUUCUAAGAUGAAGUUAAUGGCAUCGGAGCUGUCGUGCUGUAAGGAGGAGCUGAGCGAUGGCCUGCAGCAGGUUGAGAAGGUCAAGCAACACUACGAGAAGCAGCUGGAGCUAAAGAACUCUGAGUUGUCAGUUCUGCAGGAGGCAGUAAGGAGCGGAGCGCUGGCCUGUGAGAGCUCCACCGAGGAGAACCUACAGCUGCAGCGCGCCAUGCAGAGACAGCAUGCCAUGUUGCAGGAGAGCACCAGCUGCAUUACACAGCUCGAGGAUAGCCAGAGUCACCUGCAGAGCCAGGUUUCUCAGCUGGAGCAGAAGCUGGAGAGGGAGCGCACCUCCUCAAUACACCAGCUUAGAAGGAAGCAGAUGGAAGUGCAGGAGGCUAAGGAGGAGGUGCAGAAGAAGGAGAAGCAGACUGCUGAACUCUCUGCUUCCAUAAUGAAGCUGAGCUCUGAGAUGAAGGCAUGCAGAGAGGAGCUUACAGACAUGGAGAAGGAGCUGCUGCAGCUGAGGAGGGACAGCAGCGCUAAAGCCACACAGCUCAGUCAGAUGGAGGAGACGCUGCAGGAGACCAAGGGCAUGCUGGAUAAGAAGAGUGAAAUGGUGAUUGACCUGGAGGAGAAGCUCCACCGGAGCGAGAUGGACAGGAGGAACUCUCUGCAGCGGGCUCAUUUGCUGGAGGAGCAGUUAAACACGGUACGCGGUGAACUGACUGACACACUCGGCCACCUGGAGGAGCUGAGGGACGUCCUGCAGAGGACUCAGCUCUCCGCCGACCAGCAGCAGGCCACCAUUCAUCAGCUCACCACAGAGCUCAGAGAAAGCCAGCGAGAGCUGGAGGAGAGGAAUCAUGAGAUGUUGGACAUGGACACGGCACUGAAAGAGAGACAGGGCGAACUGCAGCAGAGGGCAGAGCUGCUCGGACAGCUGGAUGUGGUCGUUAAGGAGCAUAAGCUGGAGAUGGAGAGGAAGGUGGAACAUCUGCAGGACAUGCUGGAGAAGACUGAGAGAAAGCUUAGAGAAAGAGAUAAACAGGUGGGGUUUCUGACUGAGAGGCUGGACUUGGUUAAAUCCCAGCUCGAGGGGAAGGAGGCUCUGGAAAAGCGUGCGUUGGAGCUUGGUCAGCAGCUGCGUGUGUGUCGCGAGCAGCUCCAGAAGAGUGCUCAGGAUCUGCAGGAUGCACACACUCGCUGUGACGCUCUGAGCAACCAGCUGGACAACGUCACACAGCUGGAAAGACAGAAGGAGACUGACGUAGAGCGUCUGCAGGAGCAGCUCCGUGUUCUUGAGAAGCAGCGGCUGCAGGGCGAGGCUCAGCUGCAGGCCACGAUCACGGAGCUACAGCACGAACUCGAGCAGCAAAGAGAUGAUCACAACAGAGAGGUGUCAGCUCUCCAUCACACACACGGGCAGCUCCUGAAGGUGUCUGAUCAGAUCUCUGUCAGCCUCCGUAGCUCUCAGGAGCAGCUGGAGGAAGCGAGAGCCAACGCUGCCGACCUCCACACAGAGCUCCGCUCCACACAGGAGCUCUUGCAGCACGCCAACGAAACGCUGCUCAUUAAGGAAUCUGAGAUCGCACGUCUCCAAGCAAAGAUCUCCAGCCUUGAGAGAGCCUCCGAGCUCUGCAGCUCCACGCACCAUCAUGAGUCCAGCACUCUUCCUGCCCUGUCUCCUCCUCUCAAAGACCCACCACUGAGUUCUCCCCCUUCCCUCAGUGACCCUCUCGCUGGCUUCAGCUCCUGGAAAGAAGCCUCCUCAGAUGUCUCCCUGGAGCUCUCAGAGAGCCUGAAGGCAGCACUGAAGCCUCCAUGUUCCCCAUGCAGUGGCUGGCAGGGCCUGAGCCACACACACCUCUCCUCCAGCUCAGACAUGACCUUCAACCCACUCGCCUACAUGCUGGAUGGAGAAGAACCCGAGGAACCUGAGGAACCAGGAAUGGACUCCCUGUCAGGAAUGCUGAGGUUUGUUAAUCAGACUCUGGCCCUGCAGGAACAACACUCUAACACACAUAUCCAGGCAAGUACACACUCGAACAGGAAGGAAAGGAUCUCUUCCAGCUAAUGCAGAUGCUUCUCAAUAGCUCGGGAUUACACAGAUCUUAGUGGUUUACGAAGAUGUUUAAGAGUUGACGUACUUUUUGUUUUCCUUUUAAAAGGACCUCAGUGAAGACGGCUGUAAAAGGGACGUAUCAUAACAGGAAGCGACGUUUAGGAGCUGAUCUUUAGGAUACGUUUCUGUGGAAGUCUGGUUAUAUUUCCUGUCCAUCUGAUGCUCUGGUUUCCUCUCGGAUGACUUGUUCAUGCAGUCAAAACAAUCCUGCUCACUUGAAGGUUGAAUUUUUAUUUUUUUAAAUAAUGUGUCUCUUUUGUAAGCAGUUGUUUUUUUUUUUUUUUUAUAUUUGUCAAUAAAAUGAAUAUUUUAUGAUUUUUAAUUUUUCGUUUUAUUAAAAUUUAUACCACAGGAUGUGCCAUUCUUGAACAAAAAUACACUUCAGGGUGGUAAGAGUAAGUGUCAGGCUGUGUCACGUGAUUCUGUUGUUGAUUAUUUUCCUAAAACUGCAUGCCCCGAAGUGGGUGAAGUCCCCCCCCCCAGCAUUAUUUAUCAGAUGAAACAUGAACAUUCUGUAAUGGCGAUACACUGGUGGUACAAGGUUCCCCGAGUUCUUCACACAUUAGCAUGAGGAGAAGUACUUCAUUAAGUCGCUCUGAAUAAAAGUAUAAUCCUUGUUGCAAUAAUUACAUCCAAGAAACAUUUCUCUGUUGAACGAACCUCUCAGAAGCUAUGCUAGAUAGCGAACAUUAACUCGAGCUGCAUCUUUAGCUCGAGCUUUAUCUAGUUGCUCACUCCUGCACUGCUAAUGUGUCAAGAUGCCUCAGGCUCCGGCCGGCGGGAUUAGAACCAUGUAGUAGUAGUAGUAAUAAAUAAUACAUUUUAUUUAAGGCGUUUUUCAGGGCACUCACGGUCACCUCCCAAUACACAUAAAUGACAAUUAAAAAAGCAAAAAAGACAAUAUAAAUGAAAUAAAAUCAGAAAUCAGCAGUAGUGGAUGACAAGUUGUAGUGAGUAGGUAAGUUUGAAAAGGUGGGGUUUUAAACGGGUUUUGAAGAUGGAUAAUGAGUUAAUGUUCCUGAUGUCCGGGGGGGGGAGGGCGGCUGAAGGCUCUGGACCCCGUGGUGGACAGACGGGCAAAGGGCACAGUGAGGCUGAUGGAGGAGGCUGACCUAAGUGUCCAGGAGGGAGUGUUGAUGUGGAGAAGGUCGAAGAGGUAUGGGGGGUGAGGUUGUGGAUGGCCUUGAAAGUGUGGAGCAGGAUUUUAAAGUCUAUGCGAAAUUUGACAGGAAGCCAGUAGAGUUGUUGGAGAACAGGAGUGAUAUGAUUGAUGGAUGGAGUUCUGGAGACAAUACGAGCAGCUGAGUUCUGGACCAGUUGGAGCUUAUGGAUGGACUUGUGGGGGAGACCGAAGAGGAGGGAGUUACAGUAGUCUAGGCGGGAUGUGACUAAAGUGUGGACCAAGAUGGCAGCGCUAUUGGAAGUAAGGGACGGACGGAGGCGGUUAAUAUUGCGAAGAUGGAAGUAGGCCGACCGGGUAACAUUUAUUAAUGUGGGUUUGGAAUGACAAAGAGCUGUCAAGGACGACACCCAGGCUCUUAAUCUGAGGGGAGGGGGAAACAGAGGAGUUGUCAAUGGGGAUGGUGAAUCUGGGAGUAUUAGUGAGAAUGGAUUUAGAACCAAUGAGGAGGACCUCAGUUUUAUCACUGAGUUUGAGAAAGUUGGAGGAGAGCCAGGAUUUGAUUUCCUGUAAACAGACACAGAGGGAGGGGGGCAGGAAGGUGGAGGCGGGUUUAGAGGAGAGGUAGAGCUGGGUGUCGUCCGCGUAACAAUGGAAAGGGAUGUUGUAUUUACAGAAACUAUGACCAAGAGGAAUGAGAUAGAUGAUGAAUAGGAUGAGACCGAGGACAGAGCCUUGGGGAACACCAGAGGAGAGGGUUGGGAUGUGAAUGUCUUUAGCUGGAUGAACUGAGUGCGGCUAGAGAAAUAGGAAAUGAACCAGUCCAGGGGUGUGUCAGAUAAUCCAAUAGAUGCUAGCCUGUCAAGCUUGUAAUGACACUCUGACCCUAACUAUAACUCCUUGUCCAUUAUAGCCCCCAUAUAUGGUAAGCGCAUGACGUCUUUCUCCGCCCACAUCCAUUCCCUCAGCGAGACUAAUUUAAUUUCAGUGCUUUUAAUCAUGUGAUGUUGCUUCUAAACAUCAGGUGCUGUUGGCUCGUUUGGGUCUGUUUCUGUGGCGCACCAGGAUCAGUGGUGAAAGCUGGCAGACAAGCAAAGUACCUGUAAAUCAAACAGCUGCUCCUUUGUGACAAACCAGCAUGUAGUAUUCACACCGAAAGACUGAGGUUAGCCAUUCUGUUUAAAGCAUCGAAACAUCAUCGUAUGUUUGUGUGAGUGGAGUUUAUGGAUCUGUUCUUGCUCUGCAGAUCAGAUAACCUUCAUGAUGUUAAUCAGUGCAUGUAGAGAUCACAUCAUCCUCGAUCUCUGCUGAUGCUUAUCGUUUUUCCAUGAAUAGGAAUAAAAAAACCAGCAUCGUUAUCCUCAGUGGGGCUGAUGGAAAAAUGGUUUAGGUCGGGGGGAAUACCGUACAUCACUAAUGUACCAUUGUAAAAGGUUAUUUAUAAAUUCUGGUUUUUGAAUCUGAGCUGUGUUUUUUGUCAGAAUAACAAACACGGUGUGCAGAAAAGUCGUAACCCUUUUGUUCAAAACAAAAAAACAAAUAUUAAACUUUGGGGUUUUGUCA